AUGAUAAAAGCCGCAUAUGCGCGCAGCCUUAUCCACUACUCAGAGCGGAACCUGAAGUGCCAGAAGUACCAUGUCCAGACCAACAGGGGGCGGUGGCCGGGGUCUCCAAACUCCAGCUCCUCCACGUUCUCAGCGGCCAGCCAGGCUGACUGGGCAGCCAAGAGGCUGGUGUGGGUGCCGUCUGAGAAGCAUGGCUUCGAGUCGGCCAGCAUUCGGGAGGAGCGCGGCGACGAGGUGGAAGUGGAGCUCACAGACAGCCAGCGGAAGCUGACGCUGUCCAGGGAGGAGGUGCAGCGGAUGAACCCUCCACGCUUCAGCAAGGUGGAGGACAUGGCCGACCUCACCUGCCUGAACGAGGCCUCGGUGCUGCACAACCUGAGGGAGAGAUACUACUCAGGACUUAUCUAUACAUAUUCAGGGCUGUUCUGUGUGGUUGUGAACCCUUACAAGAACUUGCCAAUCUACACAGAAUCAAUUGUUGAGAUGUACCGGGGCAAAAAACGCCACGAGAUGCCACCACACAUCUACGCCAUAUCGGAAGCGGCCUAUCGCAGCAUGCUACAGGACAGAGAAGAUCAGUCGAUCCUCUGCACAGGCGAGUCUGGAGCCGGGAAAACAGAGAACACAAAAAAAGUCAUCCAGUACUUGGCUCAUGUGGCCUCCUCCCACAAGAGCGGCACUUUGGGUAGAAACAAAGAAGCCGUACAGAUGGAUGGCUCAAGGUCCUUAACAAGAGGCAGCACUCUGGCGAACAGGAGUAUGCAAUAUGGCGAGCUGGAGAGACAGCUGCUGCAGGCCAACCCCAUCCUGGAGGCCUUCGGCAACGCAAAGACCGUCAAGAACGACAACUCUUCUAGAUUUGGUAAAUUCAUCCGUAUAAACUUUGAUGUGGCCGGAUACAUUGUUGGUGCCAACAUUGAGACCUACCUCCUUGAAAAGUCCCGGGCCACCCGUCAGGCGAAGGAUGAGAGAACUUUUCAUAUCUUUUACCAGCUAUUAUGUGGUGCUUCAGAGGAAAUGCGAGCUGACCUGCUCCUCGGAAAUGCUGAUGAGUAUCGUUUCCUCAGUGGAGGUUCCAUCCCCGUUCCUGGUCAGAGCGACUCUGAGAAUUUCACCCAGACCAUGGACUCCAUGGCCAUAAUGGGCUUCACCCCCGAGGAGUCAGUGUCCAUGCUGAAGGUGAUCUCUGCCGUGCUGCAGUUUGGAAACAUAUCCUUCAUGAAGGAAAAGAACCACGACCAGGCCUCCAUGCCCGAUAACACAGCUGCUCAGAAACUCUGCCAUCUGCUGGGCAUCAACGUGAUGGAGUUCACCCGCGCCAUCCUCACACCGAGGAUCAAAGUGGGUCGAGAAUACGUGCAGAAGGCCCAGACAAAAGAACAGGCGGACUUUGCCAUUGAGGCUUUGGGAAAGGCAACAUACGAGCGUCUGUUCAGGUGGCUGGUCCACAGGAUCAACAGAGCUCUUGACCGGAGGCAGAGACAAGGGGCGUCCUUCAUAGGCAUCCUCGAUAUUGCUGGGUUUGAGAUCUUCCAGUUAAACUCCUUUGAGCAGCUGUGCAUCAACUACACCAACGAGAAGUUGCAGCAGCUCUUCAACCACACCAUGUUUAUCCUGGAGCAAGAGGAGUACCAGAGGGAGGGCAUCGAGUGGAACUUCAUUGACUUUGGCCUGGACCUGCAACCAUGCAUUGACCUCAUCGAGAGACCAGCUCAUCCACCCGGCGUCCUGGCCCUGCUGGAUGAAGAAUGCUGGUUCCCUCGGGCCACGGACCGCUCGUUUGUGGAGAAGCUGUCCGCUGAGCAAGGCAGCCAUCCAAAGUUCUUCAGAUCAAAGCAGCCACGUGGGGAAGCUGACUUCUCCAUUAUUCACUAUGCUGGAAAGGUGGACUAUAAGGCGGACGAUUGGUUAGUGAAGAACAUGGAUCCUCUGAACGACAAUGUGGCAUCUCUUGUCCACCAGUCAUCUGACCAUUUUGUGUCUGAGCUGUGGAAGGAAGAUAUUCAAACUCUUCCUCGUGUUUACUUCUUUGAUUCCUACGCCACUCUACAGACUAAUGGCUCUGACAUGGACCGGAUCGUGGGUCUGGACCAGGUGUCCUCUGGCGAGAACAGCGGGCCAGUCACCUUUGGAGCCGCAGGACUGAAGACAAAGAAGGGAAUGUUUCGGACAGUUGGUCAACUCUACAAAGAGUCUCUGACAAAGCUGAUGGCCACACUGAGGAACACCAACCCCAACUUCCUGCGAUGCAUUAUCCCAAACCAUGAAAAGAGGUCUGGUAAGCUUGCACCUCACCUGGUUCUUGACCAGCUCAGAUGCAAUGGUGUUCUGGAGGGGAUUCGCAUCUGCAGACAAGGCUUUCCUAACCGCAUCCCAUUCCAGGAGUUCAGACAGAGAUAUGAGAUCCUUACUCCUAAUGCUAUCCCUCGCACCUUCAUGGACGGCAAACAGGCCUCAGAGCUCAUGAUCAGUGCUCUGGAGCUGGAUCGCAACCUGUUCAGAGUGGGUCAGAGUAAAGUCUUCUUCAGAGCUGGAGUGCUAGCUCAUCUGGAGGAGGAGAGAGACCUGAAGAUCACAGAUACCAUCAUACGCUUCCAGAGCGCCGCCAGAGGCUUUCUUGCACGCAAAGCCUUUUUGAAGAAGCAGCAGCAGCUGAGUGCUCUGAGGGUCAUGCAGAGGAACUGCGCUGCUUACCUCAAACUCAGAAACUGGCAGUGGUGGCGGCUGUUUACGAAGGUGAAGCCCUUGCUGCAGGUGACUCGGCAAGACGAAGAGAUCCAGGUCAGGGAGUCUGAGCUCCAGAAAGCUAAGGACAAGCUCACCCGUGUGGAGCAGGACUACACAGAUUUGGACAAGAAACAUGCUCAGCUGAUAGAGGAGAAAGCCGUGCUGGCUGACCAGCUGCAGGCGGAGGCAGAACUGUUUGCGGAGGCUGAGGAGAUGAGGGCCAGGCUGGCCAGUCGAAAGCAAGAGCUGGAGGAAGUUCUGAGUGAGCUGGAGAGCCGACUGGAGGAGGAGGAGGAGAGGAGUGUACAGCUCACCAAUGAGAAGAAGAAACAGCAGCAGAACAUACAGGACCUGGAGGAGCAGCUGGAGGAGGAGGAGAGUGCCCGACAGCGCCUCCUGCUGGAGAAGGUUACCUUGGAGACCAAAGUGAAGAGUCUCGAAACUGACCUUCUGACAGCAGUAGAGCAGAGAGACCGACUCAGCAAGGAGAAGAAACUGCUGGAGGAGCAUCUGAGCGAGGUUACCGACCAGCUCACUGAGGAGGAAGAGAAGACAAAAAGCCUCACCAAGCUUAAGAACAAACAGGAGGCUGUCAUUGCGGACCUUGAGGAGCGUCUCAAACGUGAGGAGCAGGGUCGCUUAGAACAAGAGAAGUGGAAGAGAAGGAUGGAGAAUGAGUCGCUGGAGGCUCAGGAGCAGCUCUCAGACCUGGGCAUCCUGUCUGCUGAGCUGAGGGGCACUCUGGCUCAGAAGGAGAAGGAAAUCACCGUCCUGCAGGGCCGGUUGGAGGAAGAAGGUGCACGGCGUGCUGAAGCUCAAAGGGCUUUGAGGGAGGCCUUAUCCCAAGUCUCUGAGCUGAAAGAGGAGGUGGAAAACGAACGAGGGAUGAGAGAACGAGCAGAGAAACAGAGACGUGACCUGGGGGAGGAGUUGGAAGCUCUGAGAACGGAGCUAGAGGACACUCUGGACACCACAGCGGCACAGCAGGAGCUAAGGUCCCGUAGGGAAGCAGAGUUAUGUGAGCUCCAGAGGUGUGUUGAAGACGAGACACGUCGUCAUGAGGUGCAACUGUCAGAACUCAGAGUCAAACACAGCGCUGCCAUAGACAACCUCCAGGAGCAGCUUGACAAUAGCAAGAGAGCACGUCAGUCCUUGGAGAAAGCCAAAGUUGUGCUGGAGGAGGAGAGGCAGAAUUUGACCUCUGAGCUUAAGAGCCUCCAAGCGAGCCGCACAGACACCGAAAGAGGUCGUAAGAGGGCAGAGAGUCAGCUUCAGGAGCUCAGCGCCCGCCUCGCUCAGGCUGACAGAGAGAGGGAGGACCGAGAGGAGCGGCUGCAGAAGCUGCAGUCUGAGAUCGAGUCUCUCUCCAACAAUUUGUCCACCUCUGACCACAAAUCUCUUCGACUUGCUAAAGAAGUGAGCAGCCUGGAGAGUCAGCUGCAUGAUGCAAAGGAACUGCUGCAAGAUGAAACUCGUCAGAAAGUGGCUUUGGCAUCAAGAGUGCGAGCUUUGGAGGAGGAGAAGAAUGGACUGAUGGAAAGACUGGAGGAGGAGGAGGAAAGAGCCAAAGAGUUGAGCAGGCAGAUCCAAACACACACUCAGCAGCUUGCAGAGCUUCGGAAGCAGUCAGAGGAGGUGAGCACAGCGGUGGAGGCCGGAGAGGAGACGCGUAGGAAGCUCCAGAGGGAGCUGGACAGCACCGUGCAGAGAGAGCGGCAGAAAGAGGAGGAGAAGGAAAGAGUGGAAAGGCAGAGGGAGCGACUGAGGGAAGAAAUAGAGGACAUGACAAUUGCUCUGCAGAGAGAGAGACAAAACUGCACUGCCUUGGAAAAGCGGCAGAAGAAAUUUGACCAGUGUCUCGCAGAGGAGAAGGCGGUGAGCGCUCGGCUGGCAGAGGAGAGAGACAGAGCUGAAGCAGACAACAGAGAGAAGGAAACAAGAUAUCUGGCACUUUCCCGAUCCCUUCAGGAGGUCCAGGACCAAAGAGAUGAGCUAGAGCGGUCAAACAAGCAGCUCCGUCUGGAAAUGGAGCAGCUUGUAAACCAGCAAGAUGAUGUCGGCAAAAACGUCCAUGAGCUUGAGCGGACCAGGAGGAACUUAGAAACAGAAGUUCAAAACUUGCGAGUUCAGACACAAGAGCUGGAGGAGGAGCUGACAGAGGCGGAGAACUCCCGGCUACGGCUGGAGGUCAACCUGCAGGCACUGAAGGCCCAGUUUGAGAGGGAGAUCAGCACCAGCGAGGAAAAGGGGGAGGAGAAGAGGAGGGCCCUGAGCAAACAGGUGAAAGAGUUGGAAAUCCAUUUGGAGGAGGAGAGAACUCAGAGGUCUCAGGCAGUGCUGUCUAAGAAACAGCUGGAGGCAGAGCUGCAGGAGUCUGAAGCACAGGUUGAGACCGCCAGCCGUGGAAAAGAGGAGGCUGUGAAGCAGCUGCGGCGGCUGCAGGCUCAAAUGAAGGACAUUCUGCGUGAGCUGGAUGAGACAAAGAUGGCUCGAGACGACGUGAUGACCGCGUCGAAAGACAGCGAGAAGAAAAUACAAACACUGGAAGCAGAAGUUCUGCACCUCACUGAAGAGCUGGCUGUGUCAGAGAGGCAGAGGAGACAGGCUCAGCAGCAGAGGGAUGAGUUGGAAGAUGAAAUGGUCAACAGCAGCUCUGGAAAGAACGCGCUGUUCGAGGAGAAGCGGAGGCUGGAAGCAAGAGUCAGUCAACUGGAAGAGGAGCUGGAAGAGGAGCAGAGUAACGCAGAACUCCUGGCAGACAGGCAAAGGAAGACAGCUCUGCAGGUGGAGACUCUGACUGUGCAGCUGCAGGGAGAAAAGACUCUGGCCCAGAAGGCGGACGCCACUCGAGAGCAGCUGGAGAAGCAAAACAAGGACCUGAAGGCUCGACUCGGGGAGCUGGAGGGAGCAGUGAGGGGCAAACACAGGCAGAGCGUCGCCACGCUGGAGACUAAGAUUGAAACAAUGGAGGAGCAGCUGGAACAGGAGAGACAAGAACGAGCCAUUGCCAACAAGCUGGUGCGUAAGACGGAGAAGAAACUGAAAGAGGUUAUGAUGCAGGCAGAAGAUGAGAAGAGACAUGCAGAUCAGUUCAAAGAGCAGCUGGACAAAUCAUCGAACCGGCUGAAGCAGCUGAAGAAGCAGCUGGAGGAGGUAGAGGAGGAGAACUCUCGCUCCAACGCUCAGAAGAGGAAGCUGCAGAGAGAGUUGGAGGAGCUCACUGACAGCAGUCAGAGCAUGAUGCGAGAGGUCGCCUCCCUCCGCAGCCAGCUCAGCAUCCCUGACUGGAGACCCGAGAAGCGUGCUCCGUUGCCCCUGGCGAUGCGUAGCCGCAGAGCGCUGGUCGACGACCUCUCACUGGAAAACUCAGACUCAGAGGAGCCCCCUGCCUCCCCCACCCCCUCCUCUGGACUCCCAGGGACCCCGACUCCGUCCUCAGAACAAAAUUUGGAGCCACCGCAGUCCUACAGCGUCAACAACACAGAGUGA